CCCAUAAAAACGAUACAAACGCAGGUCGCAGAAGCCAGAACAUUUUAGAUAAAAUUUUAAAUUCUGUAUUUUAAGUUACAAGAAAAUAAUGUCGAGCCGAUUAAAAAGUGGCUAACAUUAUAAGAGACGUAAGGAAACCAAAACAGUGUACAACUUAAGUCAGUUUUGCAGAUAUUACAAAGUUUAAACGUCUAAAAAAUAUGUUGUUAUGCAAGAUCAUUCCUCUCAAAUUCUAAUAAAGUCAAUGCAGCAAAAUGAACUUUACUAAUUUAUUGGUUAAACCGUUAAAGGUGGCUGGAUUUGUAUUACAGUAUGCAUGUGUUACUCAUUGUACUUUUGAAUACAUAGGGGAUUUUGUAAUGUGCUCAGGACCAUCAAUGGAACCAACUUUAGAAACAAACAACAUUUUAAUUACGGAACAUAUAACGCCACGGCUGCAGCGGCUGCAUCGUGGUGACAUAAUUAUCGCCAAAAAUCCAUCAAACCCUCAUCAAAACAUUUGCAAGAGAAUCAAAGGUCUUCCUGGAGACAAGGUGAAAGGUCACUUCCCUGGGUGGAGUCAGGUUGUCCCCAGGGGUCAUGUAUGGUUGGAGGGUGACAAUUCUGGCAAUUCUGCGGAUUCUAGAACAUACGGGCCAGUGCCACAGGGACUUAUCAGAAGCAGAGUUGUAUGUCGUGUAUGGCCACUACAUAAAAUAAGUUCUCUAUCAGAAUUUUAAAAAUAACUGAAUAUUAUGCAAUAAUCUUUAUAAUAUAAA